GCCAUUGCUACAAGUAACCACACACGCCCACCUACACUCCUUCUCCUACGAUCUAAGGACCCCUGAAAGCCUGUCAUCAAGAUGUCGGAAAACAUCCUCUUCGAAAAUAGCUUCAAAAUCACCGAGCUCAACAACGCAAAGUACGACAGAGUGUCCCGCAUAAAGGCCUUCAGCGAGGGCGGCAACGAAGUCCUCCUUACCCUCGAUGUCAACACUGAGCUGUACCCCCUCAAUGUCGAUGAGCGCAUGACCGUCGCGCUUGCGCUUUCUCUGAACCUGGACGGGAGCAAAGAUGAUGGAAAAGGAUGGCGAGAAAUUGGACGAGGAGAGCAGACACUUGCAGACGAGUUCGACUACGUGUGCCACGGCAAAAUUUACAGAUUUGAAGAAGGAGAAGGAGACAACAUCAAGGUCUAUGUGUCCUUUGGUGGUCUUCUACUCUACAUGGACGGCCCAUACGCCCUGCUCAACGCACUGAGAAUCGACUAUGUCUAUCUUCUGAUCAAGAAAUAAGUUUGUGGUUGUGGUCGUUUGUGGCCCAGCUUCCAGAGUGUGUUUAGCGAAGGCGUUGGUGGCUGCAUCGGUCUUUCCAGAUAUCAGGGCGUGGGAAAUUCCAACUUUCUAUGGCAUCUGGAGACGAUUUCGAUAUAGUCAGGCUCAUUUUCCGGAGUCAAUAUUCCGUGUCUCACAAAAAAAUCCACCAGCAAGUGAGCGCAAUUCGGCUUGAAUUUCCCAGCGGCCAUUGCUUCCUGGACCUCUUCCACCGACAGAAGCUGGAAGUCGAUCGCUUCAUCAUCUCCAGGUUUUGGUAUGACGUCCGAUGGUAGUUCGAGGUCAUAAAUAUAUUGACAUUCGGGUUGGCAAAGGCCUGUUUCACCUCCAGCUCUGGAGUCUCGAACAUGGAAGUAUGUCAAUGUCCCGCAAGCUCGAACAGGUUGAACAACACCGGCAGGCAAAGAAGCUUCUUCCUCGCAUUCCCUCACAAGGCACUCAAAGGGCUUUUCUCCUGUGCUCAAUCCACCAGCAACUGUGUUGUCCAUCAUGCCCGGGUACGUCUGUUUGGUCAACGCACGGCGAGGUGCCCAUAUCUUCAUACCUUCAUCAGUCCUCACAUAUCCUGUCAUGUGCACACCGUACGUAACAACACCGAAAAGAGGCGAUGCUGAGCGUUCCAUGCUCAAGAUCAGAGACUUGUCAGGGCCAUAGAUGGGGUAUAGCUCAUUACGCCAACCGUCAAGGACACGGAAGAUUUUUCUCUCGCGAAUGUUUUGGAGGUACUCGGCUAGAAUCCUGUUGCGCUCUUCUAGAGCCUUGACAGGUUGACCGCUAGCAUCUCGAGGCUGAAAGAUCAGGCGUCUGUUGCUUUCAUCGAGGCUCCAAUGUUUCGUGAGCGGCAUUCUCGUCGCCACUUUUGAUGGCAUAUACCCCAAAGAUGCUUCACAUCCUUCUAGCUGGAAGUGAUAAUAGUCCUUGAACGUUGCGUCGAAUACCUCGGGAUUGUCCGAGUAGUAUGGAAAGCUUUUCAGUCAGUCUGUAUUGCCUGGGGGAUGUUUCCCGUACUCACUUGUCGCACUCCUUUACUAGGUCCAGAUUUGAUUUUUUGUUUAUCAUUGUGCGAUGAGACCCUGUUAUAAUAUGUGCUCUAAC